GUACGAUAAAAUGCGUUCGAACAUUGUUCAGCAAAUGCCGACAAAGGCUAAUUUGCGAACGCAAUGAAUCUUAAGCUUCAUAUUUCAGAUUGAAGACGCUCAAUGGGAUAAACUUAGUGUCCCUUUAACCUUAAAUGUGUAAACGAAUAGGUGGUGUUUAAAACUCAAAAAAAAUGGGGCGUCGAACCAAAGUGAGGGCCCCUACCCAAACACGGACAGUCACCAAGCUCGCCACUAAUUGCACCAGGAUGGCCCAUGUGGUCGAGGGAAAGACAUGCUCUCAAAAUGCGGGCAUGCUCUGGGGCUCGUCACUAUUGGCCAUUCCUAAAUUAAUCACCUUGAACCAAGUCUUGGAAUCGAGAUUACCUACGCAAGCUUUAGCCACCACAUUUCCUGUGGACUGUUACGUUUGUCCUUCGUGUAAAACUGAAACCCAGUCCUUGGAAACAUUUUGCCCAUGCUCUUUCUUGGUAUUCUGCUCAGCGGCCUGUCGGAGUGCCCUACGAAGGGAGCAUAAUUAUGGAUCUACUUGCAAUGUCAUGAGCAAUCUGAUUUGCCACUAUCAAAAUGGGACCAAAAUGAUCCAAAUGGGAACCUUGCACAACCACUAUGAACCCAACAUUGCUUGGAUUGUCAUGCUCGGGGUCAAGAUUGGUCUCCUACACGACAACACAGCGUGCAUGGCACGUGUCUAUGUGGCUUGUGUGCCGCUCUUGGGAUUGCACAAUUUCAAUCGACACUUUAUCCCAUUGGCUUAUAUUAUGCCCUUAACCCUCAUGCUACAAGGGAAGCCCCAAAUGGCCCACAAUUUCCUCUUCUUGUUCACCUUGAAGGCCUUAAAAAACGAGCCUUUCCUGCCAGAGACCGUCAAAGAUAUGACCAAAUUUGACACCUUGAUCGAGCUCUAUCAUUUAGGUAUGGACGAGGAUAUGUUCAGAAAUUCACAUAUUCGUCGAGCCUUAAUUCGACCGGAGAGCACGGAAGAAGACGUCUACAACCAAAUCAUUAUCGGAGCCAUCAUUCUCAAGUUGAUCUACAUCAAAGAUGUACUGAUGUGUUCGAGUGAUGGUCAGCCAGCAUUGAAACAGAUCGACAUUGUCAAAUCCUAUUUGGCCCGGUUACACCCUAGCUUCUUACUCUUUUUCAAGCUCACGGCCAUGGACGUUCCUGUCCAUCAGAACAUUCUGAAUUACAUCCGCUCAGAAAUCAUGGUCACCGAGCCAUUGACCUUCUUCGACAUUGCUACCGUCAGACACAUGAUACGGGCAGUCAUGAUUAAAUACGCCAUCUUGGAUAUCGUACCCUCUCUACUGAUGGGACGUGUGCUCACGGACUCCUUCAUUGAACCUCCUCGGGAUGAUGGGUGUGGACUUUGCUAUCAAAACAAUAUCGAGAUGGUAACCCCUAGAGACUUUGAUAGGCUGGACAAGUAUCUCGUCUUCGCUGAUGUCCAGGAGUCGGUCAUUGAUAUCUUAGGCGUCAUUGCUCGAAUUGGAACCGAUUCGAAAGCUGUGGACUUGUAUCUGGAGAGGACUUACGGGAUCUUGACGACCUUAUUCCGUAAAAAAAAGAAUACUUGGACCAUGUUUCGGUUGAGACGUGUAGAGGUGCAUUACACCAAACUCCCCAAUAUAUUGCUCCCCAAAGUAGAGAUCCCUAGCCCACCCCAACCCUCCUCCACCCAAGGCGCCGUUAAGCUUGAGAGCGCUCCGGAAGCGAUCUGUUCCUUCCUGAGUUUGGCCAUUGAGGGCAAGUUCUCUUCCACGUUUAGCAAGAUCAAACAAUACUUUGGCAUCGUCAUGGGCAUGGAACAGUGGUUGGGACGAGUGGUUACUCUGGCAUGUGACAUACCCCACGUUUUUCCGGACGCAGCCUCCAACAUUCUUCAUCGUUGCAUGGAGGAGGCCGAUUGGGACCAAAAAUUGCGAGAGAUCCUCGGCCUCGAGUUAACGUUCGACCAAGAUGACAUCGGAACACUAUCGAUUGGCAGUAGUCCAUCGGCUUACGAAGCGAUCGCUCCCGCCCUUAGGAAGCACACGUUUGAAGUGAUCCAGAAUCUGCUGCAACGGGAAGUCCGCACUCGCACCCCUAAUGACACCCGUGGAAUCAACAUCUUCCUCAUAGUGCUCUACCGACGCCUCAAAUUGGCCAUGCCCGAAUUCUACCUCCGGACCGCUUCCAAGUUGGCGUUCUACUAUGCCUUGGUAUCGAUUACGAGCAGGCAACCCUCACUAUCCCGGGCAAAUUUGGACCUCAUGUUCACGUGCAAAUUUGAGGACCUCGCCCGUGCUAUGGCCAUACGUGAAGCCAAAUUUGAGGAAUCGUCCGGUAGGGCCACCCUAACCCUUAUGGAUGAGAAUGGCGUCGCCCGAUGGCUCAAAACGGGCGAUAUGAAAUCCAAUGGGAUGCUCGAUCCUCAACUCACCUGGAUAGAUAUCUGGCCACAAUUUGAUCAAGAGGAUGACAUUUCAUCUUAAGUAUCUUGGAAUUACUUAGUAAACCAUUGACCGGUUACGUCUAAAAUGUUUCAUGUUCCCCCCCAAUUUUGAAUGUGACGGAACAUCAAGUUUGGCUCGACCAAACAAAACUCGCGUGAUGAAACAAUAAUGAUUGAUAUUAAUAAACAACCAAGUUCAGGA